GCCUCAAACGGUCUGCGACAAGUCGUCUCUCCUGCUUUACUGGCAACCUGAAAUAUUUUUAUUCUGAGCUGGAUGUAUUGGUUCCUUCUCACCUCAUGACCCUACGCCACACCUGCUCUAGGAGUUCAGGCUCCGGGUGUACAGUCUCGGCCACGAAGGGUCACUUCAUCAAGAAGUCGGAGAGAGAGCUUAAGCUUGGCGGCCAGUCACAGCUGGUCAAGCUCAAGGGUCGGGCAGUCAAGGUUAUCUCGGCGGCACAGCUGGUUGAACAGUGCGUCAUUGGGCAGCCACACAGGGUUGACUUGUAUUCAUGCCUGUCCCUUCAGCAUUUGCGAUUCGUUGUUGGCUCGAAUUCAUCAUCUUCAUGGAUGGAAACAUCCCACUCCUGGUGCCCCGCUACGGGCAGGGGCCUUCUCUCACAUGUCUGUUCGUCCACACAGUCAACUGCUAUGAACUGAGGAGGAUUCGGAUGAGAGAAAACAAAACAUCAGCAAAAAAGUUCGGAUGCCAUGCCAAGUUAUGUAUCUUCUACAUGAUCGGCCGAAAACCCGCCGCAAACCCCCCUGUUCAAUCCCCACUGCACCGUUGAGACAGAACGGGCAAUUACACGAUCAUGAUGGAUGGCCCCCGCUUUCUGGGCAGCAGCACAGCUAGCUACCUACACCAUCAAAUACUUUGAAUCCCUUUCGAUACUCACAUGGGAUAGAGCCCAGAAAAAGGUCGUAUUUCUAUCUUCUCGAAUUGUUCGAGGAGUGGAGAGACGGUUGAUGCCGGCCAACACAAGCCGCGCAGCCGCAGAAGGUCAGCACAUCAGCCUGAUCCCCAAACGGGCAGCUGGCCGCUGCCCGAAAGGCGCCCUGGCUAGCAGAGCGGCUAGGGUUCGGUGCAGUGAAGCGUUUGCCCCGUACUUUUUUGCUCUUAUGGAGGUGGAUCCCGGACCUGGUGUUGAUGGAGGUGUUUCGUUCGCCCAGGGCUGUCCCCAGUCGCUUGUGCAGACAGCCAAUCCUCGCGCUCGCCAGCACAUCAACCUCGACGAGCCCCGACAUCUUCUCUCUCUCUCGCUGCCGCCUCCCCACCCCCAGUCACUUACCAGUGUCCAGUUGCCCAGUUAUGGACGAUGGAUCUCGAUGAUCAUUGAAUUCCGCACAGCCAGUCGCGGACGGAGCGUUUGCAUGCACGCCGUCCACGACGUAACCUUACGGACCUCCACCACUGGCCAAACGACCUGA